UGCAUUUCUUCACAUGGUAUCUGUUUGCCGACUAAGGGGGAGGUGCUCUGGAAGCAUGUAAUCAAGUUUGUGUGACCUAAUCCAAAGUGAAAAAACAGCGGUAAGAAGUGAGGAAGUGCACUCUAGUACGAAGUUUUGUGGCUGACAGAGACUACUGCAGCCAUGAGUAAAGAUCCGAAUAAGCCGAGGGGAAAGACUUCCUCCUAUGCCUUCUUCGUACAAUGGUCCAGGGAGGAACACAAGAAGCAGUUUCCGGGUACUUCUGUGAAUUUUUCGGACUUUUCUAGGACAUGCUCUGCGAAGUGGAGGGCCAUGUCUGCAAAAGAAAAAGGUAAAUUUGAGGAUAUGGCCAAGAAUGACAAGGUACGCUAUGAUCGUGAGAUGCAAUCCUACGUGCCCACGAAAGGUCAUACAAAGUCAGGGAAGAGGAAGAAGGAUCCCAAUGCCCCCAAGCGGCCGCCAUCCGCCUUCUUUGUGUUUUGCUCUGAGCAUCGUCCAAAAAUAAAGGGUGACAACCCAGGAUUUACUAUUGGUGAUAUUGCCAAGAAGCUGGGCGAGAUGUGGUCAAAGCAGACUGCAAAAGACAAGGUGCCAUUUGAACAGCGGGCUGCAAAACUGAAGGAGAAGUAUGAAAGGGAUGUUGCAGCCUACCGUGCUAAGAGCAGUGCUUCCAUUGUCAAGAAGGGGGGCCCUGGUCGGCCAGGAGCAAAGAAGGUGGAACCAAUGGACGAUGACGAUGAUGAUGACGAUGACGACGACGAUGAUGAUGAGGAAGAUGACGACGAUGAUGAUGACGAUGAUUAGGGCAGGGGAAUUUUGAGCCGGGUGGAGUAUUUGCAAAACAAGAAUGAACUUAAAAUGCAACAUUGUUAGCAUUCAAAAAAAAAAUCCAGAUCAUGUACAGAGACGUGUAAUGCGUACAGGGUUCCUGUGCUGUUUUGUAAAUGUAACCAAUCCUCAAAUCACUGCUCUUUGUUUUGGAUGGAGAGGGUGGGGGUAAAUUCUUUUCUCCCCCCGCAUUUCCCACUGCUGAGCAUUCAAGACGAUGUUAUGUAGUGAAGGGGUUUUAAAACAAUUUUGAACUGUGCUAUAAACAUUUUGUUCUAAUUGUAGAUUGAAUUUUUUUUUUAUAAUAAAAUUUUGUAUACAAUUA